GCCACGGUCGCGCGACAGCCACGGUGUCCGUUAAAGGGAUCGUUCGCGGUCGACACAGUUCGCGAUUUCUUUCAAGUGCCUCGCGAAAUUUCUCCCUGUCCCUGUCAUCCCGCGCAAACGCCCUUCAUUCGACCCCUCGUGCGCCCGGUGCGUCUCGGAGUGAUCCGCCAAGUGAUCUCCCCCCCGAUCAGCGCGCGCUGUCCGGCAUCCGCGGAGUAACCGGCGUUCGCGAAGCGCAAUCUCCCGAGAUCCUCCCGCGCGUCGCCCAAGAUCGCCGCAGUCACCCCCGCGUCCCCGCGUAAGGGACCGAUGGCACGCGGCGAGCCGAGGCCCGUCCUCGCGGCUGCUUGGUCCGCGUGCGACCCUUACGCGCGGAUAGUCGGGAUGCGGUGGGACUGCUCGUGACUGUCCGCCCGAGAGUGCGCCAGUCGACGACGCCCCGCGUCGUGCACGUCCGGACGGACAGGGUCCAUCGGAGUGCUCGUGAUCGCCCGUAAUCGUCAUCUUGGUCUUCGUGUCGCGCGCGCCCCUGGACACUGUCGUGAUCGCACGUCGUUCGUAAUCCGGCGGUGCCGCGACGAGAGGGAAAAAGAGGAGUAUCGACGUUUUCUCGUGCCGGCGCCGGGGUACCACCCCUUGCGCGCGGGAGGACAGUAGCGGCCGGCCCGCCGCGCGGCGCGUCAGUGAAAGUGAGUGAUGCGAACGCGUUCGCCAACGUGGAGUAGAGGGAGAAGCGAGUGCGAGCAAGUGUCACCGCGACUUCUUCGGGGUUGCCCCCGCAUUAUUUUAUGAUACCUCGAGGCGCGUCCUCGAGGAUCGCUGCGACGUUACGGAAUUGUUCAGUUCGACGAACGACGACGACAGUGAUCGAGAACUAGAAGGGAAAUUCGACGGAGCCAUGUCACGUCGUCGGGAGUUCGCGCGAUUCCCGAUGACAGCAACGACGGUUACGUGGACAACGGUUACGGAAAACGCGUCAACGAUCGCGAUAACAGCAAACGAAGUGAGCGCAACAACAUUAACGACCACGACGAGUACUCGACUCGGCGUGCUACGACUUCGGGGCGAUUAAGAGCGAAUACCAUCGUUACAAUCAUUAAGCCAACGACGAUUUUUACGUACGAGGGGGUGAGUGAUAGUACGCGAUAAAUCGUGUCACGUUGCACUAUCAUUGGGGUGGCGUGGAGGAGGCGGAGAAGGAGGGGGAGGAACAAGAAGAAGAAGAAGAAGAAGAAACAGAAAAAAGAAAAGGACGGAAAUACAAACUUUAUGACUGAUGAAUCGACCAAUAGCAUAGUAAUCGCGAGUGCCGCUUCAUAGUAGACAGAUCGUCCUUUAAAGAGCAGUGGCGCAUCGACCCUGUAACGGGAGCGAGAGGAAUCUUCAGGGGGUUAACGCGGUUACGCGACCGCGAAUGUUACAUCGGGCCGGCAAAGGACGCCCGGUGAUUCAACAGGGCAUCAGCCUGGCAAACGUCGGCCCACGACACCGUCACCACGGCGUUCAACAUGUUCGAGAUGUGGAGCGCGGUGAGUUCCAAGCUGGAACACUCCGCGACCUCCUCAGGCUCGCCGUUGCCGUUGACCUCGCACGCGCCCCAAACACCGCACACCUCGUCGGGGAGCAUAAAAGCCCAGAUCGAGAUAAUCCCGUGCAAGGUUUGCGGGGACAAGAGCAGUGGCGUGCAUUACGGCGUGAUCACCUGCGAGGGCUGCAAGGGCUUCUUCAGGCGGUCGCAGUCGUCAGUCGUCAACUAUCAAUGUCCGCGGAACAAGAAUUGUGUGGUCGACCGUGUAAACAGAAACCGGUGCCAGUACUGUCGGUUGCAAAAGUGCCUACGCCUCGGCAUGUCAAGAGAUGCCGUUAAAUUUGGGCGCAUGUCGAAGAAACAACGGGAGAAGGUCGAAGAUGAAGUUAGAUUCCACAGGGCACAAAUGAGGGCGGCCUCGGAGACGGCACCGGACAGCAGUGUAUUCGAGCAUCAGACACCAAGCAGUUCGGAUCAACACCAUCCCUAUAAUGGCGGGUACACGUACGGCGGUAGCGAAUACACGUCGUCAGGACCCGGCACCGGCGGUUACACGAAUUACAAUCACCAGGCGAUGACGAAUUACGAGCUUAGCGCUGACUACGUCGACAGCACGACGACCUACGAUCCUAGGCCGACGCAGACACAGGUCGCGGAUACCGUCGCGCCCGAUACACCUUCGGCUGUCACAGCGACCGGGGUGCUCCCCAGCGUAGUCACCACCGGCAAGUCUCUGUCCGCCUCGACGACCGGGAGCAGCGCGGGGGGUGGAGGUACCGGCAGUAGCGGCAGCGGUAGUGGUGGUGGUGGUAACGGUGGUGGCGGUACUAGUAGCGGUAGUAAUAGUGGUAACAGCGGUUCCACCGCAACUACCGGAGGGGCUGCCGGGGGUGGCAGCGGCUCGCUAAGCGGCGGCGGAAUCGUCGCCGUGAAGCAGGAGACCACUGUCGAGCUCGCCGGCCUGGGCCAUGGCUCGUACACGAUGGUCGACUCGACGACUUUCCUAAGCGGCCAGCAGCAAAGGGUCAGCAACCCAUCUGAGGACGACGAAGUGCCGAGUCUGCCCAGUAUGUCCCAUGCGAUGAGAUAUCCGGCACAGAUCAGCGAGCUUCUCUCGAAAACGAUAGCGGACGCGCACGCAAGGACAUGCCUAGUAUCUACGGACCAGAUCCAGGAGUCCUUCCGGAAACCCGCCGACUACAAUAAAUUGAUCUAUUAUAAAGACAUGGGGCACGAGCAGCUCUGGUUGGAAUGUGCUCAGAAACUAACCACCGUCAUCCAGCAGAUCAUCGAGUUCGCCAAAAUGGUCCCUGGAUUCAUGAAGCUCUCGCAAGACGACCAGAUUGUUUUAUUAAAGGCCGGUUCCUUCGAGCUGGCUGUGCUACGAAUGAGCAGGUACCUCGAUCUCCAGCAAAACUGCGUCCUAUACGGCGAUAUCUUGCUGCCGCAAGAGGCAUUUUAUACGACGGAUACGGCGGAAAUGAAGCUUGUUUCCUACGUAUUCGAGCUGGCCAGAAGUAUCGCAGAACUGAAGCUCACCGAAACCGAGUUGGCACUCUAUAGCGCGGCUGUUCUACUUAGCCCUGAUCGACCGGGACUCAAGUGUCUGGGGGACAUCAAUAGGCUGUCACAGGCGGUGAUAAGAGCGUUGAGGUCAGAACUUGAUCGGAAUCACAUGACGCCGAUCAAGGGCGAUGUGACCGUGUGCGACGCGAUCCUCGCCAAGAUUCCGCAGCUACGGGAGAUCUCGCUACUGCACAUGGAUGCGCUGGCUAAAUUCAAGCGAUCGCAGCCGCACCUCGAGUUUCCGGCCCUCCACAAGGAGCUCUUCAGCGUCGACAGCUGAACGAGCGACGCGGCACGGAGUGUCAUCCCGGCGCUGCCGAGUGGACAGGAGCGCGAGUAGCGUCGCGGAUCUUGCUCGGUCAAGAUCAUCUACUGGUGUCCGGCGUAUCGCGAACAUCUCAUGCGCAUCCUUCACGGCGAUGACGACGAUGACAACGUCAGGAACAUAUAUACAACUUGUCGACUGAAUAGUUCUAUACUCAUACGGUGCUUACGACAGGGAGCAAACCAGGUACAAGCGUUGUUUAAUCAUAUAUUCGUCUCCUUUCUGUUGCAGAUAAUUUCCUUCGUAAUGAACGUAUUGGGCCUUAAAUAAACAUAAAAACAUUGUUAUAAAGUAUACAUAAAAAGCAACAUAAAGUAUAUACAGAAGAAAUAUAUAUAUAUAUAUAUACAUAAAUAUAUAUAUAUAAAUAUAAAUAUAUAAAUAUAUACAUAGUGUGGAUGCGUAUGUGUAUAUGCGCGCGCGAUACGUCUCACCGACGCAAAGGUGUAUACACAUACGCACAUGUCGUUAUAAGAUUACAUUAUAUAGAUAAAGAAAAAAAUUGCGAAUAUUAUAUGCGUGCGAAGCGAACGAGCGAGCGAGCGAGCGAAAGCGAGAGAAUGUGCGUGUGUAAGCGAGAGAAAUGGACGAAUACGAGUGAAUAUGAGAGAGAGCGAGAGAACUGAAAUAUCGGUUGUUACGAUACAUACAUAAAGUAUCUAUUGUAUUAAUUAAAAAAAAAGAAAAAAUAGUAGAAAGAAGGAAGAGAGAGGAGGAGAGGGAAACGGUGAUUAACCAAGUCCUGCUUAGGCGGUCCUAGGACGAGUAUAGAAUAAUAUAAUAUUAUAAUUGAGAAAAUUGGCAUUUUUUUAUGGGAAGAAAAUCUCGAUCGGGCCACUCGUGCGACAUAGAGACCGAUAUUAUCACACUGUCGAACAGAGAGCGAGCAAACCCAGCGAAUAGCGUCGGCGAAGGGUAGAGCUUAAAUUGCUGAAGGCGAGGAACCGUGGAACCGCGUCAAAGUUGGGUGUAAUUAAACACGAUAAUGGCGAUAAAAUGAGAAUGUUUUUAUCACGUUUUAGAAUUUUCUCUCAACUUUUGCUCAAUCAUCUCUUACGUCCCAGUUUUAUCUCGCCUUUGCCAUUAAUUGUUAUAUUUGUAUCCUGCUCGUCAAUCGCAGACAAAGAGUAAAAUUUAGUACAAAAGAAAUUUACGCGUGAUUGUAUUAAUAAUAAAAUAUAGAUAUGCGAUAAUAUGACGUAUAAAGGAUAACAUUUUUUAAAGCGUUAAAAAUUAAGAGAAAUGUAAAAGAAAACUGUCAAAAUUACAAAAAGAGGAAAUUUAGAAACGAGCAAGAGAGAAAAGAGGGACAAGAAAUUUAAAAGCAAGAUACAGAAGUCGAAGGCAUAAAGAAUCGAUAACAAAAAAUUAAAAGUAUCUUAAGAACUUAUGAAAACAUGAUCAUUAAUCGCCAUUAUCGUAGUCAACUUGUACGAGCUGUGAGAUGAUCAAAGCCUCUUCUCUCCGCUCGUAUGCCGGUAAAGGACGCGUCGCUUCGCUAAAUAUUCAAAUAAGUUUUACUAAGUGAAGACAUAACUAAAGAAGCAACUAUAAAGCACCGUAUUCUAUUUAAAGAUAUGACAGAACUAGAUCUAGAGCUACCCUUUUAAUCACGAUCAUCUUAACACGUAUUAUAUACAUCGUCGAUUCGAUACUUGAAAUUUCUUUUAACUUAGCAAGAAUAUUCGAAUAAACGCGUCCUUACAAUUAAGCUUAAAUGCAAAAAUCGGCAGCGGUCACGCGUUCCGCCGUCGUCGCGACUUCGAGUAGUGAUUCGAGUAUAGUUCUGAAGCUACUUUAUAUAUAGCAUAAAUACAUAUAUAUAAAUAAAAAAUAUAUAUAUAAAUUAAUAAAUAUAUAAAUAUAUAAAUAAUUAAAUAAAUAUAUAUAUAAACACUAUACAUAUGGGAGUAUAUUUCAAGGAGCGGAACGAUCGAGAUUCGGCGGCCCUCGCGAGAUUAAUAAGAAUGAUAAGCUGUAGACAGAGAUUCUUCGUCCCUGGACCAACUUAGCCGGAUCCACACGAAUAACGAUGACACGUAACACGCUCACGAGGAUCCACACAUACAUGCAUACAUAUGCAGAUACACGCAGAUACAAAGAGAAAGAAAGGGAGUGAAAGAGAGAGAGAAUGAAAGUGAGAGCGAGAGAAAAAUAUUAUAUGAAUUGACGCGCGGAUGUGUAACUUUCACGGAUGCAGGCGUAGAUAGAGCUAAUCGACCGCAUUAUGCGCGCGCAUUAAAAACGUUUUUGGUACUGUACGGCACUUGUAUGACGCGUCUCUUUAUACGUAAAUCCGUAUACUUCUUAUGGAUAAAAAAAAA